AUGCCAAGUUUACCAGAAACACGAGUAAAACGAUCCAGAACCUUCGAACAAGUCGGUUUAGAUUAUAUGGGUCCUCUUUCAGUCAAAUCUAUUACUGGUCUAGUCAAAAGAUGGAUAGCACUUUUUAUGUCCUUCACUACUAGAGCGGUGCAUCUAGAAAUGGCAGGAAAUUUAUCUGCCGAGAAUUUUUUACAUGUUUUGAGAAGAUUUAUCGCUCGACGUGAAUAUCCAAAAUUAAUAUUAAGCGAUAAUGCAAACCAAUUUCAACUGAUAUUCAAAACCAUUAUGGAAGAAAACGCUAAUUUUUUGGCGACAAAGGGCUUUGGCGACUACGGAAUCAUUCGCCCAAUUGAUUUUAUAUCACCUAUGGCCUCAUUAGAUCUACCAAUAAAUUACGAUAGUGAUCAAGACGAAUAUACUUCUUAUACAAUAAAGACUAAAGAUAAACCAGUCAAGUAUUGGACCAGCACUCUUUCCACAUUAGAUGUCUUUUGGAAGUUGUGGAAAGAAGAAUACCUUAUAAGUCUUAGAGAACGUACACAAAGAGAAUUAACAUCACCUAGAAUAGUGGAGAAAAGAAUACUACAUGAAAAUGAGAUAGUAUUAUUAAAUGAACCAAAAGUACCUCGUGGUGUAUGGAAAUUAGCAAGGGAUGGAAAAAUAAGAAGAGCAACAAUACAAUUACCAAAUGGAAAACAAAUUGAUCGAUCAAUCAAUAUGCUUUAUCAUAUGGAAAUAGAUGCUACUAAAGAUAGAGAAGAAAAUGUGGACGAUGAACCGGAAGAACCCAUUGCUCAAUGA